AUGGGAAAGAGAGGAACAAGGUUACCUGGUUUUUGCUUGAACAGAAUUAGGCCUCAUGCGAGGGUGCGUUCUCCAACUAUACAAACCAAGAAAGAAAAAACCGAUGAUACUAAAACUGAUGAGAAAACUGAGAAUUCUUCAUGCAGUGUUUGUGAGGAGAAAUUUGUUGUUGAUGAUGGUGUGAAACAAGGGUCAGUAACUGGUAGGAAGAUUAUGAUUGUUAUUGAUUCAAGUUUUGAAGCUAAGAGUGCUUUGCAAUGGGCAUUAACUCAUACCGUUCAGAAUCAUGAUACUAUAAUUCUUCUUCAUGUGAUGAAAUCUUCUAGACAAGCCACUGAUGAUGAAGCUUCUAGAAAGGAAACAGAUCCAAGAGCUUAUGAACUUGCUUCUUCCUUCAAGAAUAUGUGUAAUGCGAAGAUGCCCGAGGUACAAAUUGAGAUUGCAGCAACAGAAGGGAAAGAGAAGGGAGCAAAAAUAGUGGAGGAAGCAAAAAAACAUGGCGUGGGACUUUUGGUUUUGGGGCAGAAGAAGAGGUCCACCACAUGGCGUCUUCUAAUGAUGUGGGCAGGUAAUAGAGUGACUGGUGGUGUGGUUGAGUAUUGUAUCCAAAAUGCACAUUGUAUGGCAAUUGCUGUGAGAAGAAAGAGCAAGAAAAUUGGAGGGUAUAUGAUUACUACUAAACGCCAUAAAGAUUUCUGGCUCUUGGCUUAA